GGCCCCAUAGCACUCCGGAACCUGUGCGCCAGGCCUAGUGCACCGGGACCGGAAGGCUAUGGCAGUGGCUAGUGUGGCCGCAGCGCUCCUGGCCGCACUGGGCGGGGCGCUGUGGCUGGCCGCCCGGAGGCUCUCUGGGCCAAGAAGCCAGCGGCAGCAGGGAGGCGGGGACCCGGGCCUCAUGCACGGGAAGACAGUGCUGAUCACCGGAGCAAACAGCGGCCUGGGCCGUGCCACCGCGGCGGAGCUGCUCCGCCUGGGGGCGAGGGUCAUCAUGGGAUGUCGGGACCGCGCUCGAGCAGAGGAGGCGGCCGGUCAGCUCAGGCAGGAGCUCGGUCAGGCUGGGGGCGCCGGGCCCGACGCCACCGAUGGCCAGCUGGUCGUUAAGGAGCUGGACCUUGCCUCGCUGCGCUCAGUGCGAGCCUUCUGCCAAGAACUGCUACAGGAGGAGCCCAGGCUAGACGUCCUGAUCAAUAAUGCCGGGGUUUUCCACUGCCCAUAUAUGAAGACUGAAGAUGGGUUUGAGAUGCAGUUUGGAGUGAACCAUCUGGGCCACUUCCUACUCACCAAUCUUCUCCUUGGACUCCUCAAAAGUUCAGCUCCCAGCAGGAUUGUAGUCGUUUCUUCCAAACUUUAUAAAUAUGGAGAAAUCAACUUUGAAGACUUGAAUAGUGAGCAAAGCUAUAAUAAAAGCUUCUGUUAUAGUCGAAGUAAACUAGCUAACAUUCUUUUCACAAGAGAAUUAGCCCGUCGCUUAGAAGGAACAAAUGUGACUGUCAAUGUGCUGCAUCCUGGUGUUGUGCGAACAAACCUAGGGAGGCAUAUACACAUCCCACUGCUGGCAAGACCACUUUUCAAUUUGGUAUCCUGGGCUUUUUUCAAAACUCCAUUAGAAGGAGCCCAGACUUCCAUCUAUUUAGCCUGUUCACCUGACGUAGAAGGUGUGUCAGGAAGGUACUUUGGAGAUUGUAAGGAGGAAGAGCUCUUGCCCAAAGCUAUGGACGAGUCAGUGGCAAGAAAACUGUGGGAUAUCAGUGAAGUGAUGGUUGGCAUUCUAAAAUAGGAGUAAAGAGAACAGGACUAUGUAUAGGAUGAUCCAUUAUACCCCUGGUCAGGAAUGGCAUGUUGUGAGCAUGUGCUACUUGACAACAGUCUAGCCACAAUCAUGCUGAGAGGUGCACAUGGAUAUUUCAAGGGCACUGCUACUAUUUGAGGCUAAUACAAAGUUCAGCAAAGAUGCUAUAAAUGUGGAUCAUAACUAGAAUAUAACAAUUCUGUUAUUUAUUAUAAUUGGGCAAUUAUAACUGUUAAAGAUACUGGUAAUUUAAAAGCUGUCUUAAGAGGGUUUUCAAAAAUUUUGACUUUCAUGGCAAAUAUGUUUAGAAUUUUUAUUACAAUGCUUGUUUUGUGUAAAUACUAUGCCUAAUGUGUGUACAUAAAUUACUUGGAAUAAAUGUCUGAUGUAGGUUU